CGCAUCUCUGCCUCCCCCUCGCCUCGCUCGAGUUGGAAGAUCGGUCGUCAGAUGGCGCUAGCAGUGCCAGCGCGAAAAAACGACAGGACGCGCUGCGCUGGACAACGCGUUCCGCUGAGUAUCUCCAUCAGCCACACUUGCGUGGUUUUUAUCUUUUCUCGGUCGGAUUUGGAGUAAAUUAAUCUGAGUCAAAGUGACACAGCCGGAAGAUGGUGGAUCAAUUUGGGGUGACGCUGCACGGAUACAAGAAGCCGAUUGCUAGUUUCAAACGAGACGAUUUUAAGGAAGAGAGACUCAUUAGCUUUGUACCGAAGAAGCUGAAACCUGAGGAUCGAGCAUGGAAUUUUCCCAAAAGACUGGACAUCUACGACCCAGUUUUGGACGGGUAUUCGUACAGCUCCCAGCAUCUUUUGCAGCAGAUCAAACACAAGAAGUUUCUCAAGCCCUAUGGCCCUUGGGAUGUCUACCGGGCGCCCGUCCUGUCCUCCAUGGACGUGGGCUGGUUCCUCAACGACCCUGCCCUGCAGGGCGAGGACUGGAUGGAGGUGCGCAAGCGGAGCCCGUGGCCGUGGUCUGAGAUGACGAGGUUCCUGGACCACAUCCGCCGAGUCGACAAGUUCUGCAACAUGUGAGCCCGGGCCGCUGGCCGCUGCCCGCAGCCCGGCCCGCCAAGUGGCCGAGUGGCGUCCAAAUUUCCAGGUGCAACAACUUGACGGUCAGAGCGAGACCCCUUUCGGCGGCGGCGGCGGCGGCCAGGAUGGCGAGGAUGGUGGCAACAAUGUCGGCGAACGGGGCGCGCACAAGGGGAGCGCUGCCGCACGCUUGCCGCAGGGCCGCAGCGGACAGGGGCGGAUCCGGCGGAUGGGCGAGGCAACGACUCGGCGUAUACACAGCAUUUUCAUACCGAGUCGUCCGAGACUCGGCACGAGAACAGUCAGCCGCCCGCCGUCGCG